UUUGAAGAGUGUCAUCCUGCCUCUCGUACUAGCAGUUCCUCUGUUCUCUGAUCAAUGUGGCUCACAAGAACUUCAUAAGUAGUAAACGACAUGAACCAGGGGCGUGGAAAAUAUGACUUUUAUAUUGGUCUGGGAUUGGCUAUGAGCUCCAGCAUUUUCAUUGGAGGAAGUUUCAUUCUGAAAAAAAAAGGCCUCUUAAGACUUGCCAAGAAAGGCUCUAUGAGAGCAGUGGGAGCUGGUGAAGUGGCCAACUUUGCUGCGUAUGCAUUUGCACCAGCCACAUUAGUGACGCCAUUAGGUGCUCUGAGUGUCCUAGUGAGUGCUAUUCUCUCUUCAUACUUCCUAAAUGAAAGACUCAAUCUUCAUGGGAAAAUUGGGUGUCUGCUAAGUAUUUUAGGAUCUACAGUUAUGGUCAUUCAUGCUCCAAAAGAAGAAGAGAUAGAGACAUUAAAUGAGAUGUCACACAAACUAGGUGAUUCAGGUUUUUUGGUCUUUGCAACACUUGUGGUCAUUGUGUCCUUGAUAUUAAUCUUUGUGGUGGGACCUCGCCAUGGACAGACAAAUAUCCUUGUGUACAUAACCAUCUGUUCUAUCAUCGGAGCAUUCUCUGUGUCCUGUGUGAAAGGCCUGGGCAUUGCCAUCAAGGAGUUACUUACAGGAAAGCAUGUGCUGAACCAUCCCCUAGCUUGGGUUCUUCUGCUGAGCCUCAUCGUCUGUGUGAGCACACAGAUUAAUUACUUAAACAGAGCCCUGGAUAUAUUUAACACUUCCAUCGUGACUCCAAUAUAUUAUGUAUUCUUUACAACAUCAGUUUUAACAUGUUCAGCUAUUCUCUUUAAGGAGUGGCAAGAUAUGCCUGUUGAUGACAUUAUUGGCACUCUCAGUGGCUUCUUUACAAUAAUUGUAGGAAUAUUCUUGUUGCAUGCCUUUAAAGACACCAGUUUUAGUUUAGCAAGUCUGCCUGUGUCUUUCCGAAAAGAUGAAAAAGCAAUGAAUGGCAACCUAUCAAAUAUGUAUGAAAUUCUUAAUAGUGAAGAAGCCUUAAUCUGUGAACAACAUAGUUGUGAAAAUAUUUCCCGAAGAAAUGGAAAUCUGGCAGCUUUUUAGGAGAGAUAAUUUAUAAGGUUAAUUUGUAAUUCUGCUAUAAAAUGAAUCAAUACCAGGAUAUGUCUG